CACCGCGACACCCACCCAGAGCAUCAUCCAGAGGGGCAUCUAGCGCGUGUGGAGCGCCACAAUGCCACCACCAUCAUCAUCAUCGUCAUCAUCCUCAUCAUCACAACAAUAAGAUCUUUGCAGGUCAGUUGAGAGGAUGGGUACCUUGCCGUUGACUGACUCCAGCUUUUUGUACGUCACUGGACAACAGCCAAUCAGCGUCAGCUGCUGAAGCGUACGCCGAUUUGACGCCGGCCGGUGACGUAGGCGGUGGGUGUGUCCCGGCGUCACUCGAAGAGAAACACAACACAAGCAAGAUUGAGUUGCAGGCCGAGGGAAGCCAAUAAUGUCUUCUCCAGAAAUUGCUUCUUUAUCCUGGGGCCACAUGAAGGUCAAAGGUUGCUCCUCAUCCUAUAAAGACUGUAAAGUGUGGCCAGGCGGAAGCCGAGCCUGGGACUGGCGUGAAACUGGCACAGAUCAUUAUCCAGGCGUCCAGCCAGCCGACCUGGAAGAGAUCCUUAGGAAAGGAGUGCAGACGCUGGUCAUAGGAAGAGGAAUGAGUGAAGCUCUCCAGGUGCCUCCAUCCACCCUAGAUUACGUGAAGAAGCAAGGUGUUGACGUUAGGGUGUUUCAGACCGAGCAGGCUGUUAAAGAAUAUAAUGCUCUGGCAGGAAAAGGAGCUAAAGUCGGCGGGGUCUUCCACUCCACCUGCUGAUCACAUUAACACAACUAUCUAAUUAAUUUAAUUGGUUGUUUAAAGUGCCUUACACUUUAAAUGAGCAUUGUUUUCUUAACAGAUGCGUCUUAAUUUGCACUUUUUUUUUCCCCUGUGUUGAAAAUGUUAUUUUCUUUAUAAUCAUUAAAUGACUAUUCUUUGGAUGUAUGCUGUGAAAAUACCCCAUUACCACAAACACCAGUGAUACAAAUGAACAAAAAAACAUUUAUUUCAGAUAAAACAUAAUUGUGAAGACA